GUGAGUCUGCACGGGGCCUCCGUGGCUCGAGAGUGGGCCCCCAACGGGCUGACCUUGACUGGGGUGGUCCAUUAUCCAUAUCUUCCGCACACUGGCACCCAAGAAGCAAAUUCCGAAUGAAUUCAAACUGGCUGAAGAAGCUGCUUUGGGCACACGGUGCAGACCCGCAUCUUCAAGCCGACUGUGCCUAAAGGACGGAAAACCGCAGCCAAAGAGUGCGGUUGUUUUGAAAAGUCGGCAACGGCGCCAGGUAAGUUUACAGGUAGAAGGCGGUCAAGAGAGUCAACCGGUCCGAAGAAAAGGCAGUGCUCCUUAAGGUUCGAUCUGCAUGUGCCGAAGAGCGAGCGCACCCGCCCAUCAAGUAACGGCCGAAUGUGCUUUUCAGUGUUCAUUUGGCAAAGAGUUGAAUAAAAAAAUGUGCGAGUGUCGUGGGGAUAUGGAUCCAAAGCGGCUCUAUCGUUGAAGUGUAGGCAUGGCCACUCUAGGACUGAGCAAAGUCUUCAUUUUGGACAAAUACUUCACUGAGCUGCAAAAGUUUUGGGAGACGGAGAAGAAGCUGCAAGAUGCUUCAUCGUCAAACGAGGCCGUCCAUCUUCAGCAGAGGCUGCGCAGCUUAAGCACUGAGCUGGUAACUCUUCGCAACCGGCUUCAUGUGCAGGGCGGCCAACACUCGCCCACAAAGGGCGGCCCUGGGGCCACCAACACCACGUCCAGCCAAGGCUCUGGAAAACUGAACCAUUCCAAUGCCAAACAGCCGCACAUUCCUCCCAGAGGAAACCAGUACAACCCUCAAGUGCCUGCAGUGGUUUCCACGCAAAAAUCAAUCCCAGCCUCCCUUAUUCAGCCUCCUCAAAACACCGCAACUGCCGUCAUUGAAGAUCUCAUCCAUCUUCCGGGGCUUUUAACUGAAGAUGCCGUCAUGAAGUGUCUUCAGGCGCGGUUUGCAGCUAACCAGUUUUAUACCAAUGUUGGGCCGAUCAUACUUUGCGUAAACCCGUACCGGGACGUGGGCAAUCCACUCACCCUGAACAGUACAAGAAGCUUAGCUUUAAGUCCGCAGCUGAAUAAAGUGGUUCAAGAGGCGGUGCGACAACAGUCGGAAACUGGAUAUCCGCAAGCCAUCAUCCUAUCUGGCACCAGUGGAUCGGGCAAAAGCCACGCCUCAAUGCUACUUUUGAGGCAACUGUUUGCUGUGGCGGGAGGCGGCCCGGAAACCGACGCCUUCAAGCAUCUGGCCGCCGCUUUUACCGUCUUAAGAUCACUGGGAUCGGCCAAAACUUUGACCAAUUCCGAAUCGAGUCGCAUAGGGCAGUUUAUUGAGGUGCAAGUGACCGAUGGCGCGCUGUAUCGCACCAAAAUCCAUUGCUACUUCCUCGACCAAACCAGAGUGAUACGGCCGUUACCAGGUGAGAAGAAUUACCACAUUUUCUACCAAAUGCUUGCCGGACUGGCUGCGGAAGAGCGCACCAAGCUGAACUUGGAUGGCCACAAACCGUCCACUUUGAAGUAUCUACAGCAGGGCGAUGUGCGGCAGGAUGUAGCUGAGGAUGCCACAAGGUUUCAGGCCUGGAAAACGUGCUUGAGCGUGCUUGGCAUUCCCUUUCUGGAUGUGGUGCGCGUGCUUGCCGCAGUGCUGCUCUUAGGAAACGUCCAGUUCUCAGAUGGAAAAGGAAUUGAGGUGGAUGUGAGGGGCGAAACCGAGCUCAAUGCAGUCGCCGCCCUGCUGGGAGUAUCUGGAGCCGCUCUGUUCCGAGGACUGACCUCCAGAACUCAUAAUGCCAGAGGCCAAUUAGUCAAGUCCGUCUGCGACGCCAACAUGUCCAACAUGACCAGAGACUGUCUAGCUAAGGCGCUCUACUGUAGGACAGUGGCCACAAUAGUGCGCAGAGCCAACAGUCUGAAGCGACUUGGUUCCACUCUGGGCACCCUCAGCUCCGACUCCAACGAGUCCGUCCACAACCAAGCAGAAGUUACCAGCCAACAAGCUUCCACGGUGGGGAACAGCAGCAGCUCAGGCGGGAGCAAGUCCAUGGUAGCUUUGAACAACGCGGUGAGACACGCCACCACUGAUGGCUUUAUCGGCAUUCUGGAUAUGUUUGGGUUUGAGGAUCCCAAGCCCGCUCAGCUGGAGCACCUGUGCAUAAAUCUCUGCGCCGAAACGAUGCAGCAUUUUUAUAACACGCACAUUUUCAAGUCCAGCAUUGAGUCUUGCAGGGAUGAGGGCGUUUGCUGUGAAGUUGAGGUGGAUUAUGUGGACAACGUCCCUUGCAUCGACCUGAUUUCUUCGCUUCGGACUGGCCUGUUGAGCAUGUUGGAUGUUGAGUGUUCCAUUCGAGGCACUGCUGAGUCAUACAUAGCCAAAAUCAAGGUUCAACACAAGAACAACAAGCGACUCUUCGAGCAAAAGUCCAUCGACCCGCGUCUGUUUGGUAUCCAGCACUUUGCAGGCAAAGUGGUGUACGAUGCUGCCGAUUUCCUGGACACCAACAAGGACGUGGUGCCUGAUGAUCUGGUGGCGGUCUUCUACAAGCAAACCUGCAACUUUGGCUUUGCCACCCACCUUUUUGGUAGCGAGCUGAAGGCCCUCUACUCAGUGGAGACGGUUCCUCGAGGAGUGAGCUUCAGAAUAUCCCCAACUUCACACACGGAUCUGCUCAAUGGCGACGAGCCGGUUUCCACUCUGACUCAAGACUUCCACACCCGCUUGGACAAUCUGCUGCGCACUUUAGUGCAUGCGCGACCUCACUUUGUCCGCUGCAUCUGCAGCAACAGCCAAGAAGGAGCCAACCGGUUUGACCGCGGCAUAGUAGUGAGGCAGAUCCGCUCCCUCCAAGUCCUCGAAACCGUCAAUCUCAUGGCUGGAGGCUUCCCACAUCGGAUGAGAUACAAAGCCUUCAACUCGCGCUACCGCCUGUUGGCGCCGUUUGCAGAACUGAGUCGCACAGAGGAGAAAAUCACCGACGAUUGCAAAACCAUCCUGCAGUACGCCACUGAUCUACUCGCAAAGAAAGAGGCAAUCAGCGCUGUGUCCACCAGCUGGGCGAUGGGCAAACGGCACAUUUUUCUGAGCGAAGGCAUCAGGCAGCUGCUGGAAAAGCUGCGCAACGAGACGCGCCAAAGGGCGGCCACCCUCAUCCAGGCCACAUGGAAGGGCUGGCGAUGUCGAUAUCGCUGGACGACGCUGCGCAGAGACAAACCGGCGCCUGAUGGUGUUGCAGCUGGCAAAGCAGCGCCCAGUCGGACCGGGGCUACUACCGGGCCGAGGCCCCGCCCCCAACCGAUUGCCGGCACGCCCCCGCCUGAUAUGGGGGAAAAAUGCGACGCCAAAAUCAUACAGCAAACCUGCAACCUCUUCGGUCUGGACCUGGAGCGCCCGCCCCCUGUGCCGCCCAGUCGCUCCUAUACAGUCACUGGAAACACUAAACUUGGUUACCCUCAAACCAGGGUGAUGAAGAUGUCCUAUCCAGAGGACGCGUCAGGCGAUGGCCCUGUUUUCUACAAGGGGGAAACUGUCCUGGUGGUUGGGGCGUCCCAGAGAAGAGGCCACCUCAUAGUGGAGCACAAAAACCACACGCUGCACGUUCCUUUCCAGUUCAUGGAGCUGAAACCGACUUUAAACAUUUAAGAGGAGCGUGUAAAUACUUCUGCAAAUGGUGCUAGUUAAGUUGCAGUUACUCACCUUCCAUUAAUUAUUUAGCGCAACCUGCCGACUAGCUGGGGGAAAAUUACAUGCAGGGUGUGGUUUUAGUGUUCAAACGCGGGCGCUGAAGGCAUCGAAUUGUCUCCACGAAAUAUACCCGAUAGUGUUCUUUCACCGUUCCGAAACUUGCCAUUUUUCGACUACGAUCUUGUAUAAUGUUCUAGAAUUAUUUAUGGAUAUAUUUAAAAGCGUACUUGUAGCAAUAGCUUAUUACACACGUUAUGCAUU